UGCUGACUAAUAAACAUUUCAGUGACAUUCGUUGCGUCAUAAAGCGAACUUGCAAGUUUCCAACUGAGAUGUUUGUGAUGAGCAAAUGGUUACCGUAAAAAAAUAGAUGGAACGUUUUAACAUAAAAUCUAAAAAGGGUUGAAUUCUGUGCAUACUUUGCUGCAACUACAAUUAACUACGCGUGAACAACAGUUGCAGAUUCAAAAGUUUUAAAACUAGUCUGUAAUCUUGGAUAAUGGCGUAUCUUUAUCUGUAUUCUGCGUUUUAAAUAUAUGACCAAACCUAAUGAAAUUCUCAUCGACUGCGCAGCACUUCACACGGGGCUGCCCUCUGAAUUCGUCCAGUAAUAUUCCUCGAUGAGUGUUCAGAUGUUACGUCAUAGGAAGGGUGUCGGUCAAGAAAUUCAGGUGAGACUCAGUGCGCACACGCAUCCACACAGAACAGUGUUUCCCUGGUACAACGUCUGGGUCUGUUGUAGGUGCCACGUUACGCAUCGGCGGUGAGGCUUGUUGGGCAGCCUACAACCAUCUGUAACGUCGCUUUUAAAGCAAGGACUGUAAAAGAAAAAGGGAAGUUGCACGUUCCUUAAGAAGGUUUUUUAGAAAGGAUCCUCAUCAUGUUUAGUUGGGCUAGCAAAGAGCAAGGAGGACGGAACAAGGAGGGCGACAUGUUUCAAACCGUGACAGAGGGUCUUCAAAGCCUUUAUUCCAGAAAACUACUGCCACUGGAAGAAACCUACCUUUUCCAUGACUUCCACUCGCCUGCACUGGAAGAAGCGGAUUUUCAUAGUAAACCGAUGGUGUUACUCGUGGGACAAUACUCAACGGGGAAGACCACAUUUAUAAGGUAUCUCCUGGAGCAGGACUUCCCUGGCAUGAGGAUUGGCCCAGAGCCAACCACCGAUGGCUUCAUCGCCGUCAUGUACGGGGAGAAUGAGGGUGUCAUCCCGGGCAACGCCCUGGUCGUGGACCCCAAGAAGCCCUUCCGGAAACUCAACGCCUUUGGAAACGCCUUCCUGAACAGGUUAAUCUGUUCCCAGAUGCCCAAUCAGGUGCUCCAGAGCAUCAGCAUCAUCGACACACCAGGAAUCCUGUCAGGGGAGAAGCAGCGCAUCAGCAGAGGCUACGACUUCUCCGAGGUGCUGCGCUGGUUCGGGGAGCGCGUGGACCGCAUCAUCCUGCUCUUCGACGCCCACAAGCUGGACAUCUCGGACGAGUUCUCGGAGGCCAUCAAGGCGCUGCGCGGCCAGGACGACAAGAUCCGCGUGGUGCUCAACAAGGCGGACCAGGUGGACACGCAGCAGCUGAUGCGCGUCUACGGCGCUCUCAUGUGGUCGCUGGGCAAGGUGAUCAACACGCCCGAGGUGGUGCGCGUCUACCUGGGCUCCUUCUGGGCCAAGCCGCUGCAGAACACCGACAACCGGCGCCUGUUCGAGGCCGAGGCCCAGGACCUGUUCCGGGACAUCCAGAGCCUGCCGCGGAAUGCCGCCCUGCGCAAGCUCAACGACCUCAUCAAGAGAGCCCGUCUGGCCAAGGUGCAUGCCUACAUUAUCAGUCACCUGAAGAAGGAGAUGCCGUCGCUCUUUGGGAAGGAGAAGAAGAAGGAGGAGCUGAUCGCCCGUUUGCCUGAGAUCUACGUCAUGCUCCAGAGAGAGCACCACAUCUCGCCCGGAGACUUCCCCAACGUCACCAAGAUGCAGGAGCAGCUCCAGCACUACGACUUCAGCAAGUUCCCUUCGAUGAAGAUCAAGCUGAUCGAGUCGGUGGACAAGAUGCUGAGCAACAAGAUCUCUGGCCUGAUGACUCUGAUCCGCGAGGAGGAGAGCCGGCAGCCAUCCCUGAACGUGAGCGGCGGGGCCUUCCAGGGCUCCGAGGACAGCCCGUUCGGCCGCGGCUACGGCGAGGGCAUCAGUGCCGGCGCCGACGCCGAGGACUGGAUCGUGGGCCGCGACAAGCCGCGCUACGACGAGAUCUUCUACACACUCAUGCCCAUCAAUGGCAAGGUGACUGGCGUCAACGCCAAGAAGGAGAUGAUGAACUCGCGCCUGCCCAACACGGUGCUGGGAAAGAUCUGGAAGCUGGCCGACUGCGACCACGACGGCAUGCUGGACGACGAGGAGUUCGCCCUGGCGCAGCACCUCAUCAAGGUCAAGCUGGAGGGUUACGAGCUGCCCAACGAGCUGCCCGAGCAUCUGGUGCCGCCCUCCCACCGCAAGGACCCCACCGCCGACACCCUGUACAACCACGAGGAGGAAUGAAGCAUGCUGGGACAGGAGAACCCAAGACUCUCUGGCCCCCCGUAGCCUUCACAGCCUCCGCACCGUGGGACUGUUCACUUGUUCAUUUUAUACAGUUCAAAUACAGUUGAUUUUAUAUACUAUCUAUUUUUUUUUUCUUUGGUCCCUUUUUGUAUAAUGUUACUGUAAGUGAUUCUUUUAAGUUUAUGUCACAAUCUCUCACUGGAUAUCGUGUGUUACUGAAGUCAAUUAUAGGCAGACUGGCUCAACAGAUGCGCCCAGGCAGUGAACUGGCCACGGUCUGGCGAUGGCCUUCUCAUAUUCGCUCUCGCUGGCGCACCAAGUCUGAGCUCAUUCUGUUGUGACCCUAAGAGCAGGGCGAGCGUCCGGCCCAGUCAGGCUCCAUCGCAAGAACAGUGUUUGAGUGGAGACACAACCUCGUGACACACAGUGCUUGUUCCUUUAACGCCUCACUUCAGGCAGGGCAGAUCUAUGGUCACUCUGUGUCAUAAGACUGCUCUAGUCUCUAAGGCAAACGAGGCACGUCUCUAACUCCUGCAUUCAUCUCUACGUUUAGAAGGAGUGAUGAUACAUGUCAAGAUAUUUAGUAAUAAAUAAUAUAUUAAUUAUUGAUACUAAAACAUAUAUCAGUUUUAAGAAUAAAGGUUACUUAAAAGUUUUAUAUUUUUUUUGCUUCUUAGCAUUCCGCUUGUUAAAUGUCCCCAUGAAAUGGCAGUAAAAAGCCUCUCAAGUCAACCUUUUCUUGUCAUGUAAGAAAAAAUGUGACAUACACAACAAACAUUAACACAGCAUGUAGGCACUUUCUCAGGUUUCUUAUCUGUCAUAGUUGGUUGCUCUUCACACAUUCCAAAGCAAACUCUGCAGUAAGAACCAAACACAGAGCAUAGUCCUACAGACCAUUUUUAACACAUAAUGUUGCUGUUACAAAGAUAAGACUCAAAAUCAUUUCAAAAGGUCUUGAGGUCAAUUCUUCACCUUGUCAAUACUUAAUUGGCACUUUAUAUACUUUAUACUAUAUAAAUAUCACCAGACUGCCCUCUGGGUGUUUCAUUUCCUGUACAGAAAUGUGCUGACAGUUUAAGAUUAUGAAACUGAAUGAUAGGUUCCACUUCCAUAUUUCAAUCCCCUGUUCUUUUGAAACAAUGUCAUUUUUUUUUUUCACCCAGAGGAAAAGAUAGAUGACAUACUAGAUACUGUUGCACAAUUCAGUUCAACUCCUCACGAAAUGAUCUGUCCCAAAUAGAAUGCUUUGAACCCUCCACCGCGUGAUGGCAUGAGCCAGCCGCAGAGCAGAUGAUGACAGAUGAGCGUUGUGUCCGAAGGGAAAAGAGGAAUCUCUCUGCUAGCACUGUGACCACAACUACUGUUACUGAGGUAACACCUUCACACAUGUGCAUCAACUCCUGCUGUUGCCAAAGUUAUAAGUGUGGUGUAAGCCCUGGUGUUCAAUGUAACAUCAGACACACAAACACACACACUCUUUCCUGAGGCAUGUGUUUAUGAAGGGGAGUUCACUCUCCCUUGAACACGCAUCCAUAUAUCUGCCUUAAAACCCUGCUCUAUAAACUGCUGACACUGAUCAGAUUUAGACCGGCGAUGGACUGGGCUACAUGCAGUGGUGUCCACCAUGUCCUUAAGCCUUUGUCCUUAGGCGUGCCCUGAUAGGACGGUGGUGUCCACCAUGUCCUUAAGCCUUUGUCCUUAGGCGUGCCCUGAUAGGACGGUGGUGUCCACCAUGUCCUUAAGCCUUUGUCCUUAGGCGUGCCCUGAUAGGCCGGCGAUGGACUGGGCUACAUGCAGUAGUGUCCACCAUGUCCUUAAGCCUUUGUCCUUAGGCGUGCCUUGAAAAAUCGAGCAGUGUGCUUGUUUGGCAGCUUUUACAUUUAAGGAUUUUGUGUGUAGUUUAUUUUUUUGGUGGGCUAGUAUUUAAAGCAGUUAUCUCAGCGAAGGUUGCAGCAUUUACUUACUGUUUCUGUUUAGUACUAUUGAAAUUCUGUUUUAUCCAUUCCUGCUUCUGUUACCGUAUUUGAGAAUCCGUUGCUGACCUGCCGUGCCGAUAUCAGCCUUAAAAGGGGGAUACGGCCUCUGUCAACCUGUCAGGAACAUGGGCUGUUAUGAUUAUGAAUGUAUGAAUAUUUUUCCUUGUAACAAAUUGUAUUUGAUUUCAGUGCCUUUGACAGGGUUACAGAAUGUAGAUAGUAAAGAAGUAAACAAAUAAGUAUGUGUCUGUUUGUUUAUUAUUAUUAAAAACAACAACAACAACAACAACAACAACACAGGAACAGUUUGUGGUGACCCUGCCGCAUUGCAGUAUCUCAUACAAGAUAACUCUGAUUUCUUCUGUUGUUUUUUUGCUGAAUAGGUUACUUUUACCAUUUUAUCUUGCAUGUAUCUACCAUACCAAGUUUUCAUCAAGUCAUUUGCUCCGAAAUUAGGGUUUAUAACAUUAAACAACUAAUGCAACUUG